AUGCCAACAUCGUGGGCUGAUUUGGCUGCGAAUUCCGCCUCUGAAAAUGCGGGAACAUCCAACUCCACAGCUCUGACGCGGCCUGUUUAUGUGCCUCCGCAUCUGAGGAACCGUGCAGCAUCAGCAUCAGCAUCAACGGAAUCCCCCCCUGCUCCGCCCAAUGUGAGUUCUAAUAAUAAUGUCGGAUCACGGUGGGGUGCGCCCAGAAACGGUUGGGGGAACAGAAGCGGUGGUUGGGAUCGGCGGGAAGUGAACCCUUUCGGAGAUCAGGAGGAUGCAGCUGAAGAGGGAGCAGCAGCUUCUGGCGAGGAGCAGGGAAACAUGGGAAUUAAUUUUGAUGCUUACGAGGACAUUCCCGUUGAGACGAGCGGUGAAAACGUUCCCCCACCUGUGAAUACUUUUGCAGAGAUUGACUUGGGCGAUGCUCUUAAUCAGAAUAUUAGACGCUGCAAAUAUGUUAAACCAACGCCGGUCCAGCGGCAUGCCAUACCCAUAUCCCUUGGCGGACGGGAUUUGAUGGCUUGUGCGCAGACUGGUUCUGGAAAGACUGCAGCAUUCUGUUUCCCUAUUAUCAGUGGCAUUAUGAGAGGUCAAGGGCAGGCCCCCCAGCGGCCCCCUCGCGGUGCCCGUACAGUCUAUCCACUUGCCCUUGUUCUCUCGCCGACUAGGGAGUUAUCCGUGCAAAUACUUGAAGAGGCUAGGAAGUUUUCAUACCAGACAGGGGUCAGGGUCGUUGUUGCCUAUGGUGGAGCUCCUAUAAACCAGCAGCUACGGGAACUUGAGAGAGGGGUGGACAUUCUUGUUGCAACUCCAGGAAGAUUGGUAGAUUUGCUGGAGAGAGCUAGAGUUUCAUUGCAGAUGAUCAAAUAUUUGGCCUUAGAUGAGGCAGAUAGGAUGCUGGACAUGGGUUUUGAACCACAAAUAAGGAAGAUUGUAGAACAAAUGGACAUGCCUCCACCAGGUGCCAGACAGACUAUGUUGUUCAGUGCCACAUUUCCAAGAGAGAUACAGAGACUGGCCUCUGAUUUCCUUUCAAAUUAUGUUUUUCUGGCCGUUGGAAGAGUGGGCUCAAGUACCGAUUUGAUUGUCCAAAGAGUUGAGUACGUUCAAGAGUCUGACAAGAGAAGUCACCUCAUGGAUCUUCUUCAUGCGCAGAGGGCAAAUGGGGUACAAGGAAAGCAAGCUUUGACUUUAGUUUUUGUGGAGACAAAGAAGGGAGCUGAUGCUCUCGAGCAUUGGUUGUGUCGUAAUGGUUUUCCAGCAACUACUAUUCACGGUGACAGGUCACAACAGGAAAGAGAAUUGGCAUUAAGAUCAUUUAAAACUGGCAACACCCCCAUAUUGGUUGCAACUGAUGUGGCUGCACGCGGGCUUGAUAUUCCUCAUGUUGCCCAUGUGGUUAACUUUGAUCUUCCUAAUGAUAUUGAUGAUUAUGUACACCGUAUUGGAAGAACAGGGCGAGCAGGAAAGAAAGGCCUUGCAACUGCGUUCUUUAAUGACAACAAUGCAUCACUAGCUAGGCCUUUAGCAGAUCUGAUGCAAGAAGCGAAUCAAGAAGUACCUGAUUGGCUCUCACGGUAUGCUGCUCGCUCUUCUAUUGGUGGUGGACGGAAUCGUCGAACAGGAGGAAGCCGAUUUGGUGGCCGUGACUUUCGAAGAGAAGGUUCUUUUAGUAGGGGUGGUUCUGAUUACUACAGUACAGGAAACAACAGUGGUGGAUAUGGCAAUUCUGGUGGUUAUGGUGGAGGAUAUGGUCCUGGGGUAACUAGUGCUUGGGACUGAUUUUCAACCCCUGAUAGCAUUAUACACACUGUCUUAGGUAUUAGGUGCAGACUUACACCUAUAGGGUGAUUUUUCUCCCUUUUUUGUCUUUCAAAGUUCAUGUUCUUCAAUUUACUUUUUUUCCUUCCCGGUGUGUCAAUCCAACAUCAUUUUGUACGGUUUAUAACUCUAAUCACCAAGAGAGAUGUUGGUGUGUGCGGCAUCAUUACCAGAUCAGCAGAGGUCGUGCAGUGUCAGUAGGUGUUGGCAAUGGCGAUUACUAACAUAUUACUAGGAGUUCAUUUUUACAACUAUCUGUACCCUUUCAAAGGGUGGUUAUUUUGCUGAGGGAAAGGUUGUAGGCUUUUAUUUACAGUCGUGUCUAUUUAUCUCUUGAUCAUCUUGUGUUUCUUCACAAUAUAUGUUGUCAUUUCGAGUUUCCCUAUUUUGAUGGGCUAAGGUUUUGUACUAUUUUAGUAGUGACUGAAAUGAAUGAAAAUUAUUCUUUAUGGA